AUGGAACAGCAGGACACGGUGACACCCUCCAGCAAGGGCCACCUGCUGCCACUCAAAGGGCCCUCCAUCUACAGGACUCCUGAACAGCCCCCAGGCCACGCCAGCGCCGUCCGUCGGCCCUUCGCUCUGGCGGAACGCCAGCUUGUGACGCCCUGCCUACGGCCCCAGCUCUUCAAGAGAAGAGUUCAGGAGGCUCAAACAGCACCGGAGAACAGUUCGGAGCCUUUCGAGGCUGUUGUCUUCUCCAAACGGUCACCACCCGCAGCGCCCGCCCCCAGGGUUCCCCGGCUGCAGGCACUCCGGAUGGCCCCUUCCCACCCCCCGCCUCCAAGAAGGCAGCACACCCCACACACGCAGCGAGUGGGUCAGACAACGCGGGGAAGGCGCAUAAACCCCGCCUUCUUUUUGUCGAAAUCCCGGGAUUUCGGGAGGCUUAAACCGCCAACACGCGGGAAUGAAAGCUGUUGCAGUACUGCAAGUGCUGGUCGACUGUUUCGGAACUGGAAGAUGAAAGCUGAACAAGAUAAGAAAGUUGAAUUCCUAAGAACUGCGGAAAAGCUAAAAACUCAGCUUGCAAAUAUAGAAAAAGACAAAAAUGGACAUCUUUACAAUAGGAGGAGUGAUUUCAGGGCAGAAUAUAACAUACUAGAGGAACUGGAAUAUAGCAUGACUGUCAGCAGGAAAACUGAAAAAGCUAAAAUACUGCAGCAGCUAUCAAAAAUACAAAAUAAUGUGAAGAGUCUUCAGCAACAAUUAAAAGAUGCAAAGCCUACACCAAAAUUUGUUGAGAAGCUCAAGGAAAUGAUGGAAGAAGUUGAAAAUGCAAUCAAUAAUUUUAAAGAGGAACAGAGGCAAAUAUAUGAACAGCUUUUGAAGGAGGAAAAAACUGCCAUUAAUGAGCUCAGUGUCUUUGAGAGAAAAGUGGAACAGUGGGCGUUAGGCAGCUCAGCCACAGAGAAAGUUUUGAAAUUACCAUCAGCCAGGGUCUUAGUUGAUAAAACGUUGGAAAAUCAUCUACCUGAAGAAGUAGUACAGUUUGAAAGAUUUCUUCAGCGAACAGGAGGGCGGCAAGGAGGCUGGGAUGAUUAUGAUCAUCACAAUUUUCUGAAAGUAUGGACAAAGCACAAAGGAAGGCUAUCUUACAUGGAUGAAGCCCUUGAAUAUCUCUGUGGAAGAACAAAAGAAGAUAUUGAACAGCAUGAGAAAUGGUAUCAAGAAUUUCUAAUUUUACACGAAAGAAAGAAAGAGUCAAUUAAGAAGUGGAAAGAAAAGCAGCAGCAAGAAAAAGAAGGAAACUUGAAGGAGAAAGAGAAAUCAGAAAAGAUGCUCAAGGAAGAAUGGCUACAGCAUGAAGAAGCUCAGAAGCAAAAAGCAGAAGAAGAGAGAAAAAGAAAACAAGCAGCAAUUGAAGCAUGGAAGAAACAGAAAGCAAUAGAAUUUGCAAUGGAACAAGCAUCAAAACUAAAACUUGAAGAGAAGGAGAAAAAGCAACAAAAAGAACGCCAGCGCCACAUGAAGUUAUUGUUGGAAAGGUAUACCUUGCAGAAGAAAGAAAAGGAGGAACUUGAAAAGCUUGAAAAGGAGAAGAGAAAGGAAGCUGAAAAGGAGGAAAGGAAGAGAGUUGCUGCAAAAAAAAUUGUUACGUUUCAAGAGCAUGAUCUACAUAAACUAGAGCUGAGGAUUCUGCAAAAACAAGCUAAGGAAGUAGAGCAACUAAAAAAAGAAAAAAGGUUGGCAAAGUUAAGAGAGAAGGUCAAGAUGCACAUAACCAGAGACCGGUCCAGGUUGUACAGACCUACCAAGAGCUGGGAGGAACGCACAAAACAGAUCACACCGACAGCUUCAGAACUGCUUUUACAUAUUCCUCAUAGAGCUGUCCCAGCCUGGAGACAAGGGUUGUAG